GCUCCCAGCAGCCAGCCGCCGCAUCAUCAAUAUUUCAUGGGCGUCAAUAAGAGGCGGCAGGGACGGUGGCUGCAGCAGCAUUCUUGCCAGCCCCAGCCACAGUUCUCUGCAAGAAUCGACCUCCCUGCCCUGCCCACCACCAUGGACGUCUUCAAGAAGGGCUUCUCCAUCGCCAAGGAGGGUGUGGUGGGCGCCGUGGAGAAGACCAAGCAGGGGGUGACAGAAGCGGCUGAGAAGACCAAGGAGGGGGUCAUGUAUGUGGGAGCUAAGACCAAGGAGAAUGUCGUGCAGAGUGUGACCUCAGUGGCUGAGAAGACCAAGGAGCAGGCCAAUGCUGUGAGCGAAGCCGUGGUCACCAGUGUCAACACAGUGGCCAUCAAGACGGUGGAGGAGGCAGAGAACAUUGCCAUCACCUCUGGAGUGCUUCGAAAGGAGGACGUGGAGCAACCAGCCGCCCCGCAGGAGGACAAGGCAGCCACAGGGGAAGAGGAAGUGGCUGAGGAGGCCAAGAGUGGAGGAGACUAGAGGGAAGCCAGUCGGCCACGGAGACCCCGAGGAAGAGCCCUCUGCCCUGCACCCCACCCCCUCCAGGCACGUGGAGUGCCCAGCCCAGAGCGUGACCUGGGUUGCCCAUGUUCCCACGCCCACAUCUGGCCACCCACAGGCUUGUCCUCCUAAGCUGCCUCUGAUGCCUUCACCUCCCUCACUCCCUCCCUCACAGCCUCUACCCCCUGGUCCUUCUGAACCCACAGAUGCUGCUGUGAAAUUUUGUUUUUAAUGAUUUCAAAUAAAACUCUAGUCCUCACCCCUGGCCA